GGAAGAGGAAAGGCAUAAGGAAGAGGUGGAGGUGCGGCAGCCGUUUACGGAGAAAAUAACAAACCCCGUUAAUGGAAAAUCAAAGUGACAACUCCGAUGAAAAACCUAGUAGCGAUCCAAUGUCGGAAUCAGCAACGGUCCUUGAUCUUACGAGUUUCCAGCUUCACGAUCUGGACUCAGUGGAGCUUCCUCCAAGUCUCACCGAGUUAGACUUGACAACGAAUCGUUUGUCUGCUUUAGACCCCCGUAUUGGCCAACUCCCUAACCUCAAGAAACUCUCUCUUCGUCAGAACCUCAUAACCGAUGCCGCCGUUGAGCCUCUUUCCUCUUGGCAACUCAUUUCUCACCUCGAGGAGCUAGUGCUUAGGGACAAUCAGCUGAAGAAAGUUCCCGAUGUUGUGAUAUUCAAGAAGCUUCUGGUAUUUGAUGUUUCUUUCAAUGAGAUAUCAUCACUUAGUGGAUUGUCCAAGGUCUCCAGUACACUCAGAGAACUAUAUGUGUCUAAAAAUGAAGUCACCAAGAUGGAGGAGAUUGAGCACUUCUACGAGCUGCAAAUACUUGAACUUGGGUCCAAUAGAUUACGGAUUAUGGAGCUUCUGGAAAAUUUGAAAAAUCUACAAGAGCUUUGGCUUGGACGCAAUCGUAUUCGAACAGUUAAUUUGUGCGGUUUGAAAUGUAUUAAAAAGAUUAGCCUGCAGAGCAACCGUUUAACUUCCAUGAUUGGGUUUCAGGAAUGUGUAGCCCUUGAAGAAUUAUACUUGAGCCACAAUGGUAUUGUGAAAAUGGAAGGUUUGUCUACCUUGGUAAACCUGCGGGUCUUGGAUGUAUCAGCAAAUAAGCUUACAGAAAUUAAUGACAUCGAGAACUUGACCAAACUAGAAGAUUUGUGGCUUAAUGACAACAAUAUAGCAUCAUUAGAAGGACUGGAAGAAGCUGUUACCGGUACUAGAGAGAAGCUAACAACCAUUUACCUUGAGCGCAAUCCCUGUGCACAAUCUCCAAACUAUGUAAGUACUUUGAGACAAAUAUUCCCAAAUAUUGAGCAGAUUGAUUCUGAAGUGUACGCGUAGGUGCUUGGAUGUG